CGACGCGCCGUUCGACCCUUUUUCCUCUUUCCGCCGCAGCUUUGCCUGGCUGCGUAUCGGCUGCGAGGGAAAAGGAGGAAGAGGAAAAAAAAGGGAGGGAAAACCCUGAAGAAAUUCCAAGGAAAUGAAGCGUGGUUUCGAGAGGUCUCCAUCGGCUUCGGUCGAUCCCUCUCAGCCGAGAAGACGUCUGCUCUCUCAAAACGAAGAGUCGGAGUUCUAUGACGACGACGAGAGCACCAAGAAUCUGGCGCGGAAGGUCGCCGAUCACUAUAGUGCCCGCACGAACCAAACGCUCGAGGAGCGUGAGGCCAGUCCAAUCAUCCACCUCAAGAAGCUCAACAACUGGAUAAAGAGCGUGCUGAUUCAUAUAUAUGCUCGCAGGGGCGAUUACGUUCUUGAUCUUGCUUGUGGAAAGGGUGGUGACCUCAUUAAAUGGGAUAAGGCAAGGAUUGGAUAUUAUGUUGGUAUUGACAUUGCUGAAGGAUCGAUUGAGGAUUGCAGGACACGCUAUAAUGGUGAUGCUGAUCAAAAUAUGCGCAGAAAGAAAGUCUCCUUCCCUGCUCGUCUCAUCUGUGGAGAUUGCUUUGAGGUGGAUCUCUGCAGAGUCUUACGAGAUGAUGCACCAUUUGACAUUUGCAGUUGCCAGUUUGCAUUGCAUUAUUCAUGGUCUAAUGAGGCGCGUGCACGACGGGCCUUGGAAAAUGUGGCUGCGUUACUUCGCCCCGGAGGUGUAUUUAUAGGAACUAUGCCAGAUGCAAAUGUCAUAAUAAAAAAACUCCGAGAAGCUGAGGGGCUAACAUUUGGAAAUAGUGUAUAUUGGAUUACUUUUGAUGAUAUCUAUGCAAAAAAGAAAUUCAGGUCCUCAAGUCCUUUUGGCGUCAAGUACCAAUUCCAUUUAGAGGAUGCUGUUGAUUGUCCAGAAUGGAUUGUUCCCUUCCACAUUUUCAAGUCUUUAGCAGAAGAGUAUGGUUUUGAUAUUAUCCUGGCAAAGAAUUCCCAUGAGUUCGUCCAUGAGUACUUGAAAAAACCUGAAUUUGCAGAACUCAUGCAGAGACUGGGAGCUUUAGGUGAUGGAUCCGAUGAUCAAAGUACAUUAUCGGCUGACGAAUGGGAAGUGGCGUAUUUAUAUCUUGCAUUCGUGUUGAGAAAGCGUGGGAAGCCGGAUAUGCAGCCAAAGACUAACCGAAGAAACAAGGUUCGCACGCAGAUCUCAAAGGAUGAUAUAUUGUAUGUUGGCGGGGGAUCCUGAAUGAAGGACUGCUUGUUCUGUAAAAGUUUCCUGAACGGACCCUCAUCUGGUUGGCCAAAAUCUAACCUCAUGGUUGGCCAGUUGCGCAAACUACUAACAGUCUUUGUCGGCCUUAAAAAGGUGACGACACGGCAGAGUUGUACGUCAAGUUAUUUACCUUCAUGUAUCGGCGGCUGGAAAUAGAUGGUCGUCGGCGGCUGGAAAUAGAUGGUCGUCGCAGCACUAAAUGGUGCUUGAGAUGCUUUUGGGGCUGUGUAAAUGACAGUUUUGAACAUAUGAUCUCUUGAAAAUGCUUACAAAAGCGUACCUAAUAAAAAAAGGAAAAAUUCUUGGA